AUGUCGCUUGCCCCGAAGCCGACGGCCAAGGCCCAGCAGGCCCUGACGGCCCUCCGACACAAGGUCUACGACUCCAGCCGCGCACAGCUGACGGCCACAGACCCGACUGCCCCCCUGGCAUUCAAGAACGUCCUGGCGCAGGGCUCGGUGCGCACCCGGAUGCUGACCUGGCACAACCCCGACCUCAACUACCUUGCGCUCGCAAACCAGAACCCGAAAAUCCAGGCGCUGAAACUGGACAACGUCUGGAUCGAGGAAGAGCGGGCACGCGAGAAGGCUCUGAUUGCUCGCGGCAAGCCCCCGCGUAUCUCGACAAUCUAUGGUUCUUCCCGCAGCCAAAAGGUCGAGGAGGGCACCAAAAAGAAGAAGAAGAAGUAG